AUGGACUCCUCGAGACCACGGAGUUCCGGCUUUUUUGCCCCACGCCGCGUCUUCACGGCUCCAACUCCCCCCUCGGGCCCGGCUGCGGGGCCGUCUCCUCAGUCUGCCGGUGGCUUGGUCGACACGCUGUACGGUCAUCCAAACGUCAAGAUUGUCGCUUUCACCGCAGGAGCCCGUUCGCUCUCUGUCGGUCCGCGGGCAGCAUCCGGGCCGGAGAUCGAGCCAGGAUCGCUCUCCUGGUCCUCGCAGCUGGAGCGGACCAUCGCAGUCGGUCCGUUCAGAAUCUACCGCGCUCCAGGAUCGGUGGCCUUCCUCAGUUGCGGCACCGCCCUCCAGCCAAUCCUCCCUAAGAGCCAGGUAUGGUGUGUCGACGAGGAAUCGAGCAAGUUCGUUCUGCAAAUACGGCGACCACAGUAUUGGCGGAUAGAGGUCCCGGUGGAGGAACAGGAAGAUGUCCGCCGAGCUCAGCAGCUACGAGAAGUCUUCGACGCAAUCCUGCAGUUCGAGAAGACCGAGUGCCCGUUCAAACGAUCCUUUACAGUCGAGUUGCCGGAGCGGCCGCAGACGCCCGUCCAAAAACGGCCAUGGGCGCCUAUGCGCAGAUCGAGCGCGUCGCUUCCCCUGACGCCAGUCACCCCAGUCGAAAUUGCCCGUCUGCACGAGGGGACACCCAGGGGAUCAAUAUGCACGAGCGACCUGAGAACCGCUGGGAGUGCGAGGAGGGCAUUGACUGCGCAAGCAGGGAGUCUGGUGCCGUCCAUCGAUGAGCCUAUAUCAGCUGAAAGCGGCCAAUCUUACAGCCCAAGGCGUAACGCGCCUUCGGGCCCGAGCGCGACGCACGUUGCGAGCCUUUCACAGCAAGCCCCCGUAAUCGUCGCUCCUCAACCGAGAGCUCGGGAAUCAACCCCGACCACCGUUCCCACCGAGAAAUUCAAGUCUCCGCCCACUGAGUCUUCCGAAUCUAUCCUCGCACGGGAGUCGUGGCUCGCGACACCUCUUCCGCCAUCGCCUCCGUUAUCAACUCCCGGGUCGCCUAGGAACUCCGCACCCCAACUUCACACUCAAGAACUCUCUGGAACCACCACUAACCAAGCCGUACUCGAGCACACUGUGACUUCAAGACCCUCCCAAACAUGGAGUCUUGCCACCUCCGAUUCUCUCGCCGAAUCCGAGUGCAGUGCCACAAAAGCGCCCUCAUCGUUUCAUGAGCUCGACAGUUCAGCAACCCGCAGCCCACCACUCCAAGCCCCUACCACCGAACGAUCACCCACACCCACCAAAAUGGAAUCACAAUCCCCCCCCAAACCCCGCUCAUCUAAACGAUCCCCGUCCCAAACAUCAACCUCCUCUUCCACCCGCAGCCGCCGCCGCGCAACCACAACAACCUCAAGCAUCUCCCCAUCCUCCCGCCGCGCCCUCUCCCCUGCCCCACCAGCAGCCACCACCACCUUGCUCAGCCCGCUCCAACGACGACGCCCCUCCCCCGCCGCAGGCCAAGCUCCGCAAGGCCAACAGGGUGCGUUAGCAGCCGUCCGCCGUCUCCCGCUCACAGUCUUGCACAAGACAUGCGAGAUACUGAUGUCGCCUCCCUCACACCUGAUCGGCCUGAUGCUCAGGGUCGCGGCGCGGAUUGCCGCGGGCGAGUGGAAGGGGUUGGUAUUGGGGCUUGGGGAGGGUGGGGAGAGGGUUAGUGUCGCGUGGGAUUGGAGUGAGGAUGAUGAUGAUGGGUUUGAUUUUGCGCAGGAUCGGGCUGGGUUUGAGAGGAGGAGGAGAGGGGUAGAGAAGGGGUUGAGUAGUGGUAUGACUGCUGGGUUUGGGAAUGGUAGUGAUUGUUGGGGUGGGAAUGGGAAUGACGGGGAUGGUGAGUUUUGGUCGAGGACAGGUAGGGAGAGGAGGAGGAGGAUGGGCCCGGGGAGGAUGAAGAUGGCGGGGGCAUUUCCUGAGAGUGAUGACGAUGAGGCAGACGGGAAUGAGGAGGAGGAGGAGGACAUUGGGCCGUUAGAUAUGCCGCGCGUUGCUGCGAGGGAUGGGGCGAGCUCGAGUAGCUCAAGUUCAGAAGUGGAGGCGGCGGCGGCCGCCGCUGCUGCUGCUGCUGAUGGCGAUGAGAAGUCGGCGGACAGGCCGACGACUGGUGGACAUGGUGGCGCUGCCCGUUGCGGAGAACAAAGGAGAGAUGGCGCGGAUGCGGAAUGGGGCAUCGACUAG